CAGGCCCUCGCCGCGUUCAAGUCCGGCCGCUCGCCGGUACUGGCGGCCACGGACGUCGCGGCCCGCGGGCUCGACAUCAAAGGCGUCAAGAUGGUGGUCAAUUUUGACGUUGCGAACAAUGCCGAGGACCACGUCCACCGCAUCGGGCGCACGGGCCGCGCCGGCGUGCCCGGCGUCGCGGUCACCUUCCUGGACCGCUCGGAGGGCAAGCAGGCGUACGAGGUGAUGCAGAGCAUGCGGAAGGUGGGCCAGGAGAUCCCAGACGACCUCCGGCAGUUGGCAGACCGGGUGAGCGUCACCUGCCCGGCGCCGGCCGCGGAGGCCCUCGCCUGCCCUGAGGCGCCGCCGCCGCCACCGUGCCCGCCGGCCCCCGCGUGCCCGCCAGGCGACGCGGCGAGGGCGGGCGCGCCCGAGGCGGAGAGCCGGCACGUCUGCUGGCCGGAGGCGAGCGUGGCGCUGAGCUUCGUGUGCGGGCUGGGCGGGCUGGCGGUGCUGGUCGGGUUCGUGCUGGGUACGUGCUGCGCCAGCCGCCUGGUGAUCUUCGGGGCCCCCGAGUGGCACUGGGCAGUGUUGCUCGCCGGACUGGUGUCCUCGGCCUUCCGGGCCCCGGUACUGACGCUGUAUGGUGACAUGUGCAUCGAGGGCUGCGGUGAUGCCGAGGCAGUGCGAUGGUUGGGGCCGAGCAACGAGGUGCCGAAGAGAGUCCCUCGGCAGCUGAUCUACCACUUGGGGCAGAGCGUGGGGCACCCUGGUGGGAGCGUCCGCCGCGGGGACGACGUGGCCUUCCACGGCUCCGAGCUGUUGACGGGCCGCAAGGGGGUCAACGUGCUGAUGAAGAAGCCCGAGCUGAUCGAGGACAUCGGCGCUGGCAACGUCGAGGCCUAUAGGUCGGAGGAGGCCCACCAUGAUACCCGAAUGCUGAAGAUGCAGAGGGACUCGCGAGGUGCUUGCCGCCGGCCAAGGCGGGACGUGGCGUGCGACGUGAACGUGGCGGAGCAGCAGGACCGACCAGUGCCUGGAUCUCCGACGGCGGACUGGUGCCCGCAGGCCCCCGCCCACCGCAGCGAGGGCCCCGUCGGCGGGGAUCGCCGCGGCGAGGCGGACAGCCGGCUCAGCCUGGACCAGUGGGGCGUCACGGGGCACGAGACCGUAACCAAGAUCCUGGAGCGCCGAGGCACCCACGACCAGUGCGACGCGGUGAACCGGGCGGGCGGCGAGGACAUCCUGAGUCGGACGCGGCUCAAUGAGUGCUUCUACUACGAGGUGGGCCGGGAGGCGGAGACCGGCAAGUGGCAGGACGAGAGGGGCGGCAGGGCCGCUCGCGUAGAGGAGAUGGCGAUCUUCCGCAGGAAGCACCGCGAGUACGGAGAGGCGAAGACGGCUUCGGAGCUCCUGUCGCGCGUGGUGGCCGAGCUGGGGCGGGACUCUGGCAUCGUGGAGCAGAUGAGCUUGGACGGCGGCGAGGGCGGCCAGCCAAAGUCUCGCCGGGGGCAGCGCCGUCGGGGAGAGCGAGCUCAUUGCGAAGACUGGGCUCGCUGCUGUGCCACCACGCUGAACGAGCUCGACCGCGGGUCUGCCGACCCGCAGCCGCUGGGCCUGCGGGCUAGUGCCGGGCAGGAGCGCAGCCUGAGUAUGAUCCAGGCCGCGGUAGCCGAGCUAGGCCGUCCGCCCACCGACCUGACGCGCCAGGGAUCCCUCGCGGAGCUCCUGGCCAAACGCAGCUACACCGGCGAGAAGGUCGACCCCGGACCCCCGGCGUGCCUGGCGCAGGUCGACAUCCAAGAUGCUUUUUUACCAUCUCCCCCUCCCGAGCUUGUGUCUCUCUUCUGCCUCCGACCCGUCACGGCGGGACUCGCUGGAGUUGGCGAGCUCGACGGAGCUCCUGUCUCGCCCUCCCAGCUGGUGUACCCACACUUGCGUGUUGUGCCUAUGGGGUGGAACCAUGCCCUGCGGUGGUGCCAGCGAACUCACGAGUAUCAUGCCUUUCGGCAGCCCGGCGUGACCCCUGCCAACAAGCUCUCGGAUAAGAAGCCGGGAGUUCGCCUUGACCGCUCGGGGUUUGCUCACACUGAAUACGUUGACAACUUCGCCGCCAUUGGUCGCCAGGCCGCAGAGGUCGACGCCGUGGCCGAUUCUGUGCACGAAGCCCUGUCAGCCGCGGGGCUCAGGCUCCGUCUCGGGAUCGAGGGCCUCUUGGAGAGGGGCUUCGCUACCGGUAGGGACCUCGAGGUGCGGUGUACAGACGCCUCCCCCUGGGGCCGGGGCGUCUGCUUGGCGGAGCGCGAUCUCCUGUCCAUCGCGGAGGCUGGCUGGUGGUCGGACCGGUGGCGUUUCUCGCGAGGGGCUGAGGAUCGGGUUCGGCCGAGGGACGCCUCGCUCCGGGAGGAGCUCAACAUGGCCGCGGCGGCCGGUCUGGAUGACCUGGGCCGUGUCGGGACGGCCCCGCACCUGGAUGGCCUCGGCGAGGCUGACCGGAGUGGGGUUGUCCCGGAGAUCGGACCGAAGAUCCUUCAGCGGCCCUGGACCACCGUCUCGGCCGGCCGCUGGAGGCGUCGGGAGGCGAUGCCCGUCUUGGAGGGGCGCGCUCUGGUCUGGGGGGUCCGUCACGUGAACAGGGGCUUAAGUGAGUUUGGCAAGCGAGUCCUGUUCCUGACCGACGGGCUGUCCGAGGUGCUGGCCCUCGAGAAAGGUGCCCUGAGCCUGCCGGCGCCUCGGGACGCGCCCCUCCCGUCGGGCAGCCCGUUCCGACCGGGGGGGCCAGCGCAGCGGUGGGCGGGGCCAGCCGCGCCGCCGACCCUGGCGCGCGCGGCGCCGCAGCCGCCGGCGGGCCCAGGCGACGACGACGGCCCGACGGGCCAAGUCGCGGCCGGAGGUGCAGGUUGCCCCAAGGACAGGCACGUGGCGGACAGCGAGGGCCUCUCGGUGGCAGAGAGGGAGAACGCGGAGGACCUCUACCAGCGGGUCUACCACGCCCCCCUCGCCGAGUUCAGGAGCUUCGCCGCGACCCAGGGCCUCCGCCUCGGGACCGCCGCGGACUACGACGGAGCGGCCCUGGAGCGGGCCCAUCAAGCGCUCUUCGACAGCGGCGGCGUGCAGGAGGGGUCCAGGCUGAAGGCGGUGCUGCACCACUACCACCCGCGGCUGCUGGUCGCGAAGGGACUGCCCGGGUUUGCCCGAGCCCUGAGGGGGUGGAGGCGGCUCGUGCCGCCUCGAAGCCGACUCCCGCUCCUGUGGGAGGUCGCGCGCGCGGAGGCGAGCAGGCUGGCGGCCAACCCGUGCGCCGCGCGUCUCGUCGCCGUGAUGUUCGUCUUCUGCCUCCAGCUUGUGGAGCUGACGUCGCCAGCCGGACGGCAGGUGGUGCCGCCAAGCCGGGCGGCUGGGCACGACGCGUGGCCGCUCGUGCUGUUCCCGAUGGAGAAGAAAACGCCUAGCAUAAGCGGCACCUGCAACGCGAGCAUCGUAGGCGACCUGCCGUUCUACCGCUUCAUCGGGAACAUGCUGAAGCUGCCCAAGGCCAACGUCUGCGGGGGGGAGCUGGUGGCGCGGGCGCAGUACAUGCUGCUGGUGCAGGCGUGCCAAGCAGCAGGCCAGCAGCUCAGGUUCGGGGGCCCGCCAGGCCUCUACCAGCUGCGAGACGGCGGGGCGCCCGCCGACCUCGCCCGCGGCCGCCAGAGCUCGGCAGAGGUGCCAGCUCGCGGGCGCUGUGCGACCGACAGCUCGGUGACAGAGUGCGGCAGGGGGGGGCGCAUCGCCGACCAGCUGGCCAAGCUGCCGAUGCCCUCCUUCGAGCACGCUGUCGGCUGCGCCCAGAAGAUUGGCGGCGCCCUCUGCAAGCGCUGCCGGCCUUUGCCGCCCGCGCGGGCGGCGCCGUGGCGCUCGAAGUGUUCAGCGGCUCGGGCAACCUCAGUCGGGCCUGGCGGCGGCGGCAGCAAGCCCUAG